CCUCACCCCAAAAUCCUCCAUUUUUUCAUCUCAAACAACCAGAAAAUCACCAUGUGAGAGAACUCACCAUGCAAGAAACUCUCCAUCUUUCAUCUUCUUCUUCUUUUUCACCUCCUAAAUCCUCCAUUUCUCCUCCCAAAUCCUUCAAAUCCUCCACAAUUUCAUACCCUCAACACCCAAAACCACCCACCCCCAUCUCCACCUCCACCUCUCUCCCUACCCCACCCCCACCCCCACCCCAAAACUUCCACCUUCAAGAAAAGCUUCUUUUUUUGGAUUCACUUGGUGUAGACUCUUUACAUUGCCUUUCUUCACAACCCCUUAUUGUCUCUUCCUCUUUAUCUGACCUCAAAUCGGUUAUUGACUUCCUUUACUCUGUUAAUCUCAGUAUUCUUGAUGUUCGGAGAGUUUUACACAUGUGCCCAGAGAUUUUAACCGCCGGAAUUUCAACCACCCUCCGACCCGCCGUUACGUUUUUACUCCGGGAAGCUCUUGUCACCGGAGAAAAACUUCCGGGUAUUCUCCGUCGACGACCCCGGCUACUCACAAAGUGUGUAGAAAAGAAUCUCCGACCGACCCUUUACUUCUUACAGAGUACUAUUGGUAUUGAAGAUGUUUCGAAAUGUGCGACUUUGCUUUCUUGUUCAGUGGAGACUAAGUUUAUACCUCGAUUGGAUUACUUACAGAGAAUUGGGUUUUCGAGGAGAGAUGCGAAGGUGAUGUUUAGGAGGUUUCCUUCAUUGUUUUGUUACAGUAUAGAGGAGAAUUUGGAGCCGAAAUUCGAUUACUUUGUGGUGGAAAUGGGGAGGGAGUUGAAGGAAUUGAUUGUGUUUCCUCAGUAUUUCUCGUUUAGUUUAGAGAAUAGGAUAAAGCCAAGGCACAAGAUGUGUGUUGAGAAAGGUGUGUGCUUGUCAUUGCCUGUGAUGUUGAAGUCCCACGAAUCGCGAUUUCGUGAUAGGCUGGAAGUUUGUUGUAGCUCGUCUAUGCCGGUUGCUGAAUCCGGUGUCCAGAGUGCUAAUCAGUAUACCAUAGAAUCAAGUUAAUUGACUAUGUGGUAAGUAAAAAGGGGAGAGUUUUUGUAUGGCUG